UUUAUCUGAAUAUAAAACACAUUAAUACCAACAUGCAGUCAGUUUUCGUUCUCUCAGGUACACCAACCAAAUGCAGUGGGGACCAGAAGUCUGACACCAGUAGUGAACGUGAUUUUGCUUUGCAUUUUCCUUAAAUUUAAUACAGUGUUUUUCUAUUACAGUGUAAGAGUUUAAGAGAGGGUUUAUUGUCAUUUCAGCUAUAUAGAAGUACUUACUGAAUCGAAACAGCACCGUCACCUCACAGCAAGAAGGUCCUGGGUUCGAUCCCAAGGUGGAGCGGUCCGGGUCCUUUCUGUGUGGAGUUUGCAUGUUCUCCCUGUGUCUGCGUGGGUUUCCUCCGGGAGCUCCGGAUUCCUCCCACAGUUCAAAGACCUGCAAGUGAGGGGCUCAAUGCAGUCAGCUGCAGAAACGGUGGAGAAUGCGUCCAUUCUUUCAAGCGGCUCAUCGCAAGAGGGCCAUCGCUUGUGGAUCGGCAACAUCGACCCUAAAAUCACAGAGUAUCACCUAGUGAAACUCCUGGAGAAGUUUGGAAAAGUAAAGCAGUUUGAUUUCCUCUUCCAUAAGUCAGGACCACUGGAAGGCCAGCCCCGAGGAUACUGCUUUGUCAACUUCCACACCAAAGAGGAGGCUGAACGUGCCAUACAGUGUUUGAAUGGAAAGCUGGCAUUGUCAAAGAAACUGGUGGUGCGCUGGGCCCAUGCACAGAAGUUUGAACCCUACAGAGGUGAUAAGAACUUGCCUUCCAGCUUGGAACCGUCAUCCACUGAAGCAGAGGAGCAGCCGACCUCGCUGAGUGUGAGUGCGAAGAUCAAGGCCAUCGAAGCCAAGCUGCAGAUGAUGGAGGAGAAUAUAGAGGAGGAGUACACAGGACCUUCACCUUACCUCUACAAUAAACCCCCUGACAAGAAGGACAAGAGAUCUCAGCCCUACAACAAAUCUUUCCGCAGGUUCAGAAGAUGACCUCUCCAGCUCACUGGUUUAGCAUCCUGGCACUGAACAGACUGGCACAACCUGCUAUGAACUUCUGUGAAUCAAUCUUUUUUGACCACUUUCAGGACUUCAAUUUUUAAUAAAUGUUUAUUUAAAUCUU